CAUGGUUAGGUACACAUUGGAGCAACGAUAUGCACCGCAUCGAUUAUAUGCAACGCAGGACACACUAGAUAAUAUCUAGUAAUAUCAUCAACCAUGUGUAGUUAACUAGUGAUUAUGAUUGUUUUUUUAUAAGAUACGUUUAAUGCUAGCUAGCAACCUACCUUGGCUUACUUCAUUCGCGUAACAGGCAAUCUCCUCGUGGAGUGCAAUGAGAGGCAGGUGGUUAGUGCGUUGGCUAGUUAACUGUAAGGUUGCAAGAUUGAAUCCCCCGAGCUGACAAGGUAAAAAUCUGUCGUUCUGCCCCUGAACGAGGCAGUUAACCCACCGUUCCUAGGCCGUCAUUGAAAAUGUGUUCUUAACUGACUUGCCGAGUUAAAUAAAAGUGUAAAAAAAAAAAGAGAACUUGAAUUCGUCCCUAAUUAAUCGGCCAUUCUGAUUAAUCGGUCAACCUCUAAUUUGUAAUAAUGACAAUUACAGCAAUACUGAAUGAACAAUGAACACUUUAUUUGAACUUAAUACAUAAAUAAAAUCAAUGUAGUCUCAAAUAAAGAAUGAAACAUGUUCAAUUUGGUUUAAAUAAUGCAAAAACAAAGUGUUGGAGAAGAAAGUAAAAGUGCAAUAUGUUUAACUUGUUAAGGCUGGGGGCAGUAUUGAGUAGCUUGGAUGAAUAAGGUGCCCAGAGGAAACUGUCUGCUACUCAGGCUUGAUUACAAACAACGACGAGACGGCCUACAGGGAGGAGGUCCGUGCCCUCGGAGUGUGGUGUCCGGAAUGUUCAAUAACCUCUCACUCAAUGUCAACAAAACAAAGGACAGUAAUGGAGAAGGUGGAAAGUUAAAAAAAUAAAAAUAAAGUCUAAUUUAAAAAAAAAAAGUUCCUCGUCGUACACAUCACGGACAAACUGAAAUAGUCCACCCACACAGACAGCGUGGUGAGGAAGGCGCAACAGUCCUAUUGGACUGUAUCACCACCUGGUACGGCAACUGCACAAAGGGAGGAGGGUGGUGCGGUCUGCACUAAGAAUCACCGGGGGCAAACUACCUUCCCUCCAGGACACCUACAGCACCCGAUGUCACAGGAAGGGAAAAAAGAUCAUCAAGGACAACAAACACCCGAGCCACUGCCUGUUCACCCUGCUAUCAUCCAGAAGAUAAGAGUCGGUGCUAGUAUCUGAUCUCCCUCCUUUCCCAGAGUGGUUGUCUACACCAACACACACCUUAUUCAUUCUGCUCUCCUCCGGCAUGUCAGGUGGUUACACUCCAGCCCCUGGGGGCCCCUUCUCAGCCCUGACCUCCAGUAUGUGGCCCCAGGACAUCCUGGCCAAGUACUAUCAGAAGGACUCUUCAGAGGAGGCAGAACUGCUGUAUGAUGAGUUUGGCUUCAGGCUGGACAGUGAUGAUGGAGUAGAGCCAGAGCCGAGGCCAGAGCCCCAGAGAGAGGACCCCCAGCAGAGGCUGCGCUGGCAGGCCCACCUGGAGUUCACCCACAACCACACCGUAGGAGACCUGACCUGGGACCUCAUCUCCCCCGUCCUGCCCCGCUCUGAACGCCUCCGCUCCCUGGUGCUGGGGGGCAUACCACACAGCAUGAGACCACAGUUGUGGAUGCGUCUGUCUGGAGCUCUGCAGAAGAAAAGGACUACAGAGAUCUCCUACAAAGAGAUCGUUAAGAACAGCACCAACGACGAGACCACUGCUGCCAAACAGGUACUGGAUGCUGAGAUAGAGAAGGACCUGUUGCGGACCAUGCCCUCCAACGCGUGUUUCUGCAGCCUGCAGAGUGUGGGGGUUCCCAGGCUGAGGCGGGUACUGCGGGGCCUGGCAUGGCUCUACCCAGACAUUGGCUACUGCCAGGGCACAGGCAUGGUGGUGUCAUGUCUGUUGCUGUUCCUGGAGGAGGAGGAUGUGCUGUGGAUGAUGUGCGCCCUGAUCGAGGACCUGCUGCCACCCUCCUACUUCUCCUCCACCCUGCUGGGGGUCCAGACAGACCAGAGGGUCCUCAGACAGCUCAUAGUCCAGUAUCUACCAAGCCUGGACAGGCUUCUGCAGGAGCACGACAUCGAGUUGUCUCUGAUCACGCUGCACUGGUUCCUGACAUCGUUUGCCAGUGUGGUGGACAUCCGCAUCCUGCUGAGGAUCUGGGACCUGCUGUUCUACCAGGGCUCUGUGGUACUCUUCCAGGUCACACUGGGCAUGCUCAAGAUCAAGGAGGUUGACCUUCUCCUCUCUCCCCUACAGGAGGAGGAGCUGGUUUCCUCUGAGAACUCUGCGUCCAUCUUCAACACGCUGUCCGAUCUGCCCAGCCAGCUGGGUGACGGGGCUGUAGUACUGGGGGAGGCCAUGAGGCUGGCGGGGGCGCUGUCCCAGGACACACUGGAGGCCCAGAGAAACAAACACCUGGCUUACAUCCUCAAUGAGCAGGCCCAGCUCAACACCAACAACUCCCACACACUCAAUAACAACCUCAAUAAAGUUGUGAGGAGACAGUCGCUACGUAGGAAGUCCACUCUGAGCUCUCUGUUGUGGGGUGAGGAUGAGGCGGAGGCUCUCAAGUCUAAGAACAUCAAGCAGACAGAGCUGGUAGCAGCACUCCGAGAGGCCAUCACCCGCACCGCUGAACACUUCCACUGUCUGGACCCCCGACACACCAGCACUGACCUGACUCCAGACUACUCCAUGGAGAGCCACCAGAGAGACCACGAGAACUUCCUGGUUGUGUCUCGUAACCGACGGAGACGGGCCAAAGCCCUGUUGGACUUUGAGCGCCAUGACGAUGACGAACUGGGCUUCAGGAAGAACGACAUCAUCACAAUUUUUUCCCAGAAAGAUGAGCACUGUUGGGUGGGAGAGCUCAAUGGGCUGAGAGGUUGGUUCCCAGCCAAGUUCGUAGAAAUCCUCGAUGAGCGGAGCAAAGAGUACUCUCUGGCGGGUGAUGACUCGGUGACUGAGGCGGUGACAGACCUGGUCAGAGGGACGUUGUGUCCUGCCCUGAAGGCCAUCUUCCAACACGGUUUGAAGAAACCGUCCAUACUGGGAGGACCCUGCCACCCCUGGCUCUUCAUAGAGGAGGCAGCCAGUAGAGAGGUGGAGAGGGACUUUAACUCGGUCUACUCCAGACUGGUGCUGUGUAAGACGUACAGAUUAGAUGAGGAUGGCAAGGUUCUCACACCAGAGGAGCUGCUCUACAGAGCGGUGCAGUCUGUAAAUAUGAGCCACGACUCUGCACACGCUCAGAUGGACGUCAAGUUCCGCUCGCUCCUCUGCGUGGGCCUCAAUGAGCAGGUGUUACACCUGUGGUUGGAGGUGUUGUGUUCCAGUAUGCCUGCAGUGGAGAAGUGGUACCAGCCCUGGUCCUUCCUACGCAGCCCAGGAUGGGUCCAGAUCAAGUGUGAACUCAGGGUUCUCUCAAAGUUUGCCUUCAGUCUCUCUCAGGACUGUGAGCUGCCUGUCAAGAAAGAGGAGAAAGAUCAGAGGCCACUGAAGGAAGGAGUCCAAGACAUGUUGGUGAAGCAUCAUCUCUUCAGCUGGGACAUCGAUGGCUAGAGACACACACCCAAAGCCUGCAAAAAAACUCCCCUGCCCAACACAUGCUGUGUGCCGGCCAGAGUGAUCUUUCUGUUUCUUUCAUAUUGACUGCUGUCAGAACCCACUACUAGUGUUUCCAUCACUACCUCUCACUAGGAAGCAUUGUAUUGUUCAGACAUUUGAUCAUCAUUCUACAAACACAUUUGAUAUGCAUCGUGGUUUCCCUUCCUCGUCUCAACUAACCUGCAGCUGAAGCCUUUCUACUGAGGAUAGUACACUAUAGGGGGCGCGUUCAGCAAAAUGCAACUUUUUGGAAUGUUCAGAUAGAAAUAAGCAUUGUGGAACAAACAUGCCUCUGACAUGUAAGAAUAAGGAAUAACAUCAGCUCUAUUCAUGGCGUUUCUAUCUGCAAUGUUUGGCAACUUAACGUGACCAGGGUAUGAUUUGAGACACCAAAACACUUUCCAUGUCAAUCAACUAAUUACAUUUACUUUCUGAGCUUGCUAACAAAUCAAAGGUAUUUUGAUGUGUCUUAAGGAAGCAAUUAGUAUGUAACCAAGGUUGAUAGUCCUGGCUGUUAGUUCUUGGGUGAAGCUACUGUGUAUGUUGUCCACACCAGUGUUUCUGAUACUUUAGAUCAGGUGCAGAAGACUAGGAAUAUACAGAAAGUGCUGAUUGUAGCAUUCCUUAGGUACAGAGUAGUCACCUCUACUGUGCCAUAUGAAGUAUUUCCUCAGACUCAAGGACUGGGGAGUAUCACUAAGAACCAAACCGGGAGGAAUGUACCUGAAUUUGUCCCAGAGAAACUUGUUUUUGUUGUGAACGUUUUGCAACAGUGGGCACUGAUCUGAUGUCCUAGUAGCACCUAUGUUCGUGUGUCCUGCAACCAGUACUGUAGUAGGAUGUGCUGAUUGAGAAGUGGAACAUACUCCAACCACCCUGUGGAUCUGUGUUGGUACCCAACAAUCCCAUUCUACUCUGCAUUCCAUUCACUAUUGUCUCAAUGUUUUGGUGCCAACAUGGCUCUCUGCUGUGGGCUACUAAAGUGUAUCUGUAGUUGCUGACUGGGAAGAACUACUGUACUGUGUCCAAAAAUGAAAUCUAUAACUAUGUAAACUUUCAUUUCAGUUAUUUCUUUUACAAUGGAUGUGUCCAUCCACCAUCCAUCUAACCUCCAUAUUGGUGUGUAAUUACUGAAGAAAAGCCACUUGACACAUAAGAAAAUAAACUCAAUCUCCCUGUUGUGCUCUGAUAUUAAAUUUAAGGCAGUGUAUUUAACCAUCAGAAAAUGGUGGUAUACUAUCCCAGUAACUUGUAUUCAUUCCCCUCAUCUUAACCUGUAGCAAUGUACCUAUAGACUUCGUUGUGCUGACUGUCAUACUACACAGACAAAUGGUAUCAGUUCAGACUCACUAACCUCAAACUACAACGUUAACCCUAAUUUCAACCCCUAUGCCUAAAGUUCUCACUGUUUAAAUAUAAAUUAAUUUCAUGUACAACACAGUUGACCAAUCAGUGAUCAAUUAAGCCUGUUUUUAUUGGUGAAUGUCAGAAGCAAACAGAAUUCCACACCUAAGUAAACAGUGAUGGUCCAAACAGCACUGCGACUAUUAUUACAAUCAAUGUCUCACUUAAACAGUUGCUAAUCAAGUGUACAUUAUAUUCUUAAAUAAACCUUUUCAGUGUAAA